CGGGGACCCGUCCCUGCAGCUGGCGGAGGCCGGGCACCAUGCGGCGCGGGGCCAGGAGCGUGCGGGGCAGGGACGGGCCGGCGCCCACGCCCUGCGUGCAGGCCCAGUGCUUCGACCCGCUGCUCCGCCUCUGCGUGGCCUGCCGGCUCUUCCGCACGCCCGAGCCUGGACACGCCUCGCCUCCCUCCGGCCUGCGCUCCCUCCCCUCGUUCCCCCGUCCUCUCUCCCCGUCCCCUCCGCACGCGCCAGCAGCCGGCCUGAGCAGCCAGGCGCCCGGGACGGCGCUGCAGCCGCAGGAGUCCGUGGGCGCCGGGGCCGAGGCCGUGCUGCCCCUGCCCGGGCUGCUCUUCGGCGCCCCCGCGCUGCUGGGCCUGGCGCUCGCCCUGGCCCUGGCCCUGGUGGCUCUGAUGAGCUGGAGGUGGCAGCGGCGGCGCAGGACGGCCUCCCUAGAGGCCCCAGACGGAGGCCAGGACGAGGCCCUGGAUAAUGUCAUCAUCCCCUCSACGGAAACUCUGGAUGCUUCAGCUCCCAUCUGGUCUCCACCCAGAGAAGACCCAGGCAGCACCCCACCUGGCCACAGUGUCCCUGUGCCAGCCACAGAGCUGGGCUCCACUGAGCUGGUGACCACCAAGACCACUGGCCCUGAGCAACAAUAGCAGUGKAGAGGACAGGAGGGGCCCCUGUCCUGCAUCAGUGUCCCCCCGCCACAAGGGUUCAGAACUGAAUUCAGCUCCUCACUCCAGCACCCACCUGCCCUUUUCCUGGGAGCCAGAGUGCUCCCGGCUGAACCCUUCAGACACUACAGAUCACAGGGUGUAGCCAUUUGGAAUUGUUUGUGUGUUUGCUUUUCGCUUAAGACCAUGCCAACUUUGACUGUUCUUAAAGGUCCUCUCUGCUCCAGUGCUUUUGAAUGACUAGCUCUGCGGGUUUGGGAUAUGGUUUGAAUGUGUCCCCCAAGGCUCCAUGUGUUGAAAUUUAAUUUCCAUCAUGAGAUAUUAUUAAGGGGAUGAAAACUUAAUCUGAUUGUGGCAUUUAGAGGUGGGGCCUUUGGGAGAUGAUUAGGAUUAGACAAGGUCAUCUGGGUGACAAUCAUGAUUGAACUUUCAUGGCUUUAUAAGAGAGAGACCAGAAGAGACACACAAUAUAUACUUCCUGUCCUUUGCCUUGUGAUGCCCUCUGCUACCUUGUAUUUCAGCCAGCAAGAAGGUCAUCAUUAGAUAUGAUUAGGCCUCCAGAACUGUGAGCUAAAUAACCCAUUUUCUUAAGAGUUUCCUAGCUUCAGGUAUUUUGUUAUAAUAAUGCAAAUCCGACCAAUACAGGUACUAUGAAUAAGAGAUCUUUUCCUUUACAAUAGGGAAGGGGCCAUUAAGCCAAAUGAGUCUGAAGAGAAGACCCAAGUAGGAGGAUGCUUAAUUUGUAGCCAGGGUUGUAUUUCUUUAACACUUGCUCUCAGAAUUAUUCUGCUUUUAAACUGACGCAAGUGGCAGCAAUGAGUAACCAGCUGAUGGUUUCACUUUGGGAUUUAGUGCAAGAUUAUUUUUAAAUUUUUUUUGGUGUGUGUAUGUGUGGUAUUGGGGUUGGAACCCAGACCUCACGCAUACUAGGUAAAUGCUGUAUCACCGAGCUACA